AGGGGAAGUGGGGCAAGAAGCCGCCGCCGGAGUUCCACGACGAGCGGCGCCGGAUACAGGCGGCGUGCAGAGAGCUGCUGGACGAGACCGCCAGCUCCGACUGGGACGGCUCGCUGUACAUCCCCUGCGAGGUCAACGGGGACAGGCCGGUGAGCGCCAGGACCUACUUCGGGGACGUGGAGCAGCAGUACGUGGUGCUCCGGGGCACGCCUUCCUGGGCAGCUGUGCGGAGCUCCUCGCCGCAGCAGACGCCGCGCCAGGACUCGCCGCGGCGCGCCCCGGCGGAGCCACGCUCGCCCCGCCCGUCCUCGCCCGCGGGCGCGCCGCGGCAGGAGCCGCUGUCUGCGCGGGCGCCCUGGGACCCGCGGGCGCCGAGCCGCGGCGACACCGCGAGGACCUGCCGAUCGACCUCGUCGUCGUCGCCGCCUCCGGGCCGGCGGUGGCCGCAGGAGCGGAUCGGGCCGGGGGACCUCUGAGCCGGCGCCCGUCCGCGCGACCGCUGCCUGGGGGGGGCGUUUUUCCCGAUCGUUUGCACGCUCCCAGUCGUGGGCAGUUGGCCAGCCAGGGGGGAGCAGCUGGGACGUCCGCCAGGCGGACCCGCCAGCGCGUCGGCGGAAGAAGGCGGGAGCCCUUUCGCGUUCCGCGCCGUGCGCUCGUCGUCGCUCACAAUCUCGGGCACCGUUCCUGCAUCACGCC